CCAGCUCCCUGGGCCGCGGCCGGAGCAGCUCUGAGCGCUCCGUUCGCCCCACGGUGCCCUUAAAAGGCGCCGGCGCGAACCAACGGGCCCCGAAGGAGAGUGGGGGAAUCGCUCUGGUUCGCAGAAUCGCCCUGAACCGCCCGGGGAGGCUCGAACCCCGCGUCGCUUCUCUCCCAAAAUCUUUUUUGGAAAGUGCUGUCGGGAAUGAGCCAAGCUCUUUGAUUUAGGGAUGAAGGUGGCUUCUUCACUAUCGAGUCACCCCCUCCAAAAUAUUGCUGAAGGUGGACGGACCCAGUUGGCGGCACAGCUCCAAACCCGCGGGGGAGACCGUGUCGGACGAAGAAUCAUCAAAUGAGACAAAUCUCCCUAUUUGACAGUUGAAAUGGUUGGAGAGAUGAAGUGAUUGUCCAUGUGGUGGACAAAGCUUCUAAUAGAUGCUGCGCUCUACAAGAACACAGAACAAGGAAAGCUCUUGCAAGGGGCCAGUGCUGCUCGACAUAAGCACACACACCUGUCUUGGCUCAACAUCUGCUACACCAGCGGAAAACGCUCCAUCUCCGACCGAAGGCAAGCAAAACGGAGAGGAAAAGACCCACGUAACGACAGAAGAAAGAAGCAAGGAAAGAGAACCUUUUAAGACACCUUGCAUCCAAACAAACCUCCUUAGGAUUGAGAGGCCAUGUCUGCAGAAUUCAUUUCAUCCAUAGGACAGGAAGGAUGCCCCGGCUCAGGACCCAGUUUUAGAUCCAGUCAGAGGAAGAUGUUAAACCUGCUCCUGGAGAGAGAGACUUCCUUUACCACCUGCCCAGACCUCCCUAGAACUCCAGUGAACAAACACUUUGGUGAUUCUGCCAACCUAAGCGUUUUGUCUGGAGGAACCCCCAAAUGUUGCCUUGAUCUUUCGAAUCUUAGCAGUAGCGGAGAGAUAUCUGCCAAUCAACUUACCACUUCUGCAGACCUUGAUGAAACUGGUCACUUGGAUUCUAAAGGACCUCAGGAAAUACGUUUAGUUGGGAUGAGUCAUCACCAGCACCUUAUAAAAUGCAGCCCAGCACAACUGUUUUGUAGCACUCCAAAUGCUUUGGAUCAUGGCAAGAGAAAGAAAGAUGCAAUAUGUCGCUCAUCCGCAAAGAAAGAAAAUGACCAUGGAAACAUUUUGGAAAGUGAAAUAAAAUAUCUGGGCAGUCCCAUUACUACACUUCCAAAAUUGGAUAAAAAUCCAGAACUAGAAGAUCAGGCAGUGGAGAUUUUUGAGGAAUUGAUGACGUUUUCUCUGGAAGAUCAAGAAGAGGGCAAGGCAUCUCUGAAUAGAAGCUCCUUGUAUCGCUCCCCUUCGUUGCCAGAGAAUUUGAACAGGCCAAGACUGAAGCGGACUGUAAAAUUCAAGGACAGCCCAAAAUCACAUAAAGACAAAAAGGAGUCUUGUUCUAGCCACAAAGAGCUCGGGAAGGGCUUAGGUCUAAAGAAGACAGUUUCUCUCUGUGACAUUAAUAUCAUUCAGAUGCUGGAGGAAGAUUCUUACCAGGGAUCUCUGAUUGGUGAUUUCUCCAAGGUAUGUGUGUUGCCAACCGUGUCAGGGAGACACCAAGAUCUGAAGUACAUCAACCCAGAAACAGUGGCUGCCUUACUGACAGGGAAGUUCCAGAGUCUGAUUGAGAAGUUUUAUAUCAUCGAUUGCCGCUAUCCAUACGAGUACCUGGGAGGACACAUCCAGGGAGCCUUAAACUUAUACAGUCAGAAAGAACUGUAUACCUUCUUUCUGAAGAAGCCCAUUGUUCCUCUGGAUACCCAGAAAAGAAUAAUCAUCGUGUUCCACUGUGAAUUCUCCUCAGAGAGGGGUCCCCGAAUGUGCCGCUCUCUGAGAGAAGAGGACAGGGCUCUGAACCAGUAUCCUACAUUGUACUACCCAGAACUAUAUAUCCUCAAAGGGGGCUACAGAGACUUCUUUCCAGAAUAUACGGAGCUGUGCGAACCACGGAGCUACUGCCCUAUGCAUCACCAAGACCAUAAAGCUGAGCUGCUGAGAUGUCGAAGCCAGAGCAAAGCAUGGGAAGGGGAGCGGCAGCUGCAGGAGCAGAUUGCCUUACUGGUGAAGGAUGUGAGCCCAUGAUAAUGGGUCAGUGGUUGGCUGCUUAGGAGUCACCAAAAGACGCUGUAGAAACCCUGAGCAGAAAGAGUCCAUGUUGUAUGUGGCUAAACCCAAGAUUGUCUGCAAACCAACAAGUUGCCAAGCUAAUGAAAUUCCAGGCCUGAGGGUUGGUUUUAGCAGAGCUGCUGGCUGGUGACGGAGUCUGAGAGUAGCCUUGAAUUAUAUGGAGAUUUGUGUUGCUUCAGGAAGUAGUUACAUUCUCUUCCUAAUUAGACUUCUCUUCUAGCAGGCCAGCCAGCUCUUUUCCUGGGCUUUUGCCUGUAUAAGAGAGUUGCCCAUCUUCUUUCUUGCCUUCUUUGUUUCCUUCUCUCCCUUUUUCUUAAAUGGGAAAAUAAAAAAAAAUUAAAAAAAUAAAAAAAAAUAAAUGGGAAAAUAAACACUGCAAAA